GUUGACAGCAAAGGAUCCUUCCAACAACACAAGAACUACAGAGGAACUUGCAUAGACAUAAAUGACAGGGACGUCUGCAGGUCAAUUCCUAUCAUUUGAACUUCAAAAGUACGCAGGGGAGACAAAACCUUUAUUCUCCAAGCACUUGAAGAAAAUCCAGACUUGCUUAUGGGUCCAGCAUCCAGAAAUCUUGUGCAGCUUGCAUCUAAAUAUGGUAAACACACUGUUGUAAUGUUGUUAUUAGCUCGCAGGCCUUCAUUAGCUAUGGAGCGAAAUGAAGAUGGUUAUUGCUCCAUCCAUCUGGCAGCUGCACAUGGAUAUGAAAUCGUCAUUCUAGAGCACUUGAAAUUCAACCGGAGUUUGUGCAUCAUAAGGGACAACAAUGGAUGGACACCUCUGCACUGGGCGACCACCAAAGGAAGGACUGGUGUUAUACAACUAAUUCUUAGGGAGAGUGUAGAAAACAUCCAAUCCUUGACAUUUAAAGGAGAGAGUUGUUUUCACCUGGCAGUUCAACAUAGUCAGAGUGAAGCUUUUCGCAUCCUGGUGCAUUGGCUGGAGCAACUAACCUGUGAGCAUAUGAAGAAUUUGAUUAACACUAGGGAUAAUGAAGGCUUUGCGGUCUUGCACAAGGUGGUUCUUAAAAAUCAAUACCAGAUCCUAGAGGCACUGAUUUCAAGUAAAAGAAUUUGCAGGGCACUGCAAGUAAACAUCACUGAUGCUUCUGGUCUCACAGCGCUAGAUUUGUUCUACCAGUAUUCAAAUGAACCAGACAGGGAGAUUGGAGAACUGCUCAAUAGAGUGGGAGCUUCGAGAGCAAGAAGACCUAGGCCUGUUUUAAUCCCUAUUAAUGAUGAUGACAACAUAAACGGGCGUAACAUUUUUUUAGUGCAACUAUUGGCAAGGUUCCUUAGAGUCAUCAACAGUGAUAAUAGUGACAGAAUCCCUAUUGAGAUUCUUGGCUUUCUGCUGCAACUUGUAGCAGCAGUUUUGAUAUAUUCAUUACAAGCAGUAAACAGCCCCUUUGUUUCCAAUACUGAGCACUUAGAAGGACAGAGAUUCCAUUACAAUAUUGGAGAUUUGUUGAGGGGAUAUGGGGAACCUGCGCAGUGUGGAUAG